AUGGGUGAUAUUGCUUGUCGAACAACAGAUGGAAAUAAGUGUAUUCCACAUAAAGAAUUCGGUACUUAUACAUGUCAAUGUAUAACAGGCUUUAGCAAAUUCAUCAAUUCAUCUCUGUUACCCAGACAACGGGUAUCAGAUAAUUGUUUGGUUCAUGUUGAUCCAUGUAUAGUCAAACCAUGUAAGCAUGGAGUUUGUGUUAUGAGUCAAUAUGGAAAUAAACCACAUCUAACUGCCCGUUGCAUAUGUGACUACGGUUGGAAAGGAGAUCAAUGUGAUUCUCCUGCAUCAAUAAAUGUUUGGUCAUCUUGGUCAAAUUGGUCCUUUUGUGAAUCAUCAUGUCAUUUAUCAUUUGAACAGAAUGAAAUUAUAUAUCAACCUGAAACCACAUUACUUUUGACCGUGUUGACAUUUUUAAUUAUUUUAAUUAUAUUGAAACUUGUAAUCAUGAGCCUAUUGCAUUGA